AUGGGUUCUGCUGCUACUGAGGGCAAUGACACCUUGCUGGGCAAUGGAGUUGUUGGGAUUCUUGCUGAGACUUGUAACAUGUGGGAAAGGAGGGCACCAUUAACUCCUUCCCAUUGUGCUCGCCUUCUGCUCGGAGGAGGGAUGAACGGGGCUCGAGUAAACCGGAUUAUUGUGCAGCCAAGCACGAAGAGGAUACAUCAUGACGCUCAGUAUGAGGAUGUAGGAUGCGAGAUUUCAGAAGACCUGUCAGAGUGCGGUCUUAUUAUAGGCAUCAAACAACCAAAGUUGCAGAUGAUUCUUCCAGAUAGAGCGUACACUUUCUUUUCACACACUCACAAGGCCCAAAAAGAGAAUAUGCCACUGUUAGAUAAGAUCCUUGAAGAAAGGGUGUCCUUGUUUGAUUAUGAGCUAAUUGUUGGAGAUGAUGGGAAAAGGUCGCUAGCAUUUGGGAAGUUUGCUGGUAGAGCUGGCCUGAUAGAUUUCUUACAUGGUCUCGGACAGCGAUAUUUGAGCCUUGGAUACUCGACUCCAUUUCUCUCUCUGGGACAAUCUCAUAUGUAUCCUUCGCUCGCUGCAGCCAAGGCUGCAGUCAUUGCUGUUGCUGAAGAGAUAGCAACAUUCGGACUUCCAUCCGGAAUUUGUCCGAUAGUGUUUGUAUUCACUGGAGUUGGAAAUGUCUCUCAGGGCGCGCAGGAGAUAUUCAAGUUAUUGCCCCAUACCUUUGUUGAUGCUGAGAAACUUCCUGAAAUUUCUCAGGCUGACUAUUAUGCUCAUCCAGAACACUACGCCCCUGUUUUUCAUGAAAAGAUUGUUCCAUAUGCAUCUGUCAUCGUAAACUGUAUGUAUUGGGAGAAGAGGUUUCCACCAUUACUGAGUAUGGAUCAGUUACAGCAACUGAUGGAAACUGGUUGUCCUUUGGUUGGCGUCUGUGACAUAACUUGUGAUAUUGGAGGUUCCAUUGAAUUUGUCAACAAGAGUACAUCAAUAGAGAGGCCUUUCUUCCGGUAUGAUCCUUCUAAUAAUAAUUCAUACCAUGAUGAUAUGGAAGGUGCCGGAGUGAUCUGCUUGGCUGUUGACAUUCUCCCUACAGAGUUCUCUAAAGAGGCCUCCCAACAUUUCGGAAACAUAUUAUCUAAACUUGUUCCUAGUUUGGCCUCAGUAAAGCAACCGGCAGAACUUCCUUCCUACUUGAGAAGAGCUUGCAUUGCACAUGCUGGCAGAUUAACUCCGUUGUAUGAAUAUAUCCCAAGAAUGAGAAACACUAUGAUAGAUUUGGCCCCCACAAAAACAAAUCCAUUGCCUGACAAGAAGUACAGCACCCUGGUAUCUCUCAGUGGGCACCUAUUUGAUAAGUUCCUUAUAAAUGAAGCUUUGGACAUCAUUGAGACAGCUGGAGGUUCAUUUCACUUGGUUAGAUGUGAAGUUGGACAAAGCAUGGAUGAUAUGUCGUACUCAGAGCUUGAAGUAGGAGCAGAUGAUACUGCCACAUUGGAUAAAAUUAUUGAUUCCUUGACUUCUCUAGCUAAUGAACAUGGUGGAGAUCACAAUGCCGGGAAACAAACUGAAUUAGCUCUGAAGAUAGGAAAAGUCAAUGAGUGUGAAACUGGUGACACAGUUGAUAAAGGAGGGCCAAAGGUUUUAAUUCUUGGAGCUGGAAGAGUUUGUCGACCAGCUGCUGAGUUUCUAGCAUCUUACCCAGACAUAUGUACCUAUGGUGUUGAUGACCAUAACGCAGAUCAAAUUCAUGUUAUUGUGGCAUCUUUGUAUCAAAAAGAUGCAGAAGAGACAGUUGAUGGUAUUGAAAAUACAACUGCUACCCAGCUUGAUGUUUCUGAUAUUGGAAGCCUUUCAGAUCUUGUUUCUCAGGUUGAGGUUGUAAUUAGCUUGCUGCCUACUAGUUUUCAUGCUGCCAUUGCAAGAGUAUGCAUAGAGCUCAAGAAGCACAUGGUAACGGCAAGCUAUGUUGAUGAAUCCAUGUCAAACUUGAGCCAAGCUGCCAAAGGUGCAGGUGUAAUUAUACUUUGUGAAAUGGGCCUAGAUCCUGGCAUAGAUCACUUGAUGUCAAUGAAGAUGAUUGAUGAAGCUCGUGCUCGAAAGGGAAAAAUAAAGGCAUUUACAUCUUACUGUGGAGGAUUGCCAUCUCCAGCUGCAGCAAACAACCCACUUGCCUAUAAAUUCAGUUGGAACCCAACUGGUGCCCUCCGGGCAGGGAAAAAUCCUGCUGUCUACAAAUUUCUUGGAGAGAGAAUCCAUGUAGAUGGUCAUAACUUGUUUGAAUCAGCAAAGAGGCUCAGACUACCAGAGCUUCCAGCUUUUGCUCUGGAACACUUGCCAAAUCGGAAUUCCUUGAUAUAUGGAGACCUUUAUGGUAUCUCCAAAGAAGCAUCUACCAUAUACAGGGCUACUCUUCGUUACGAAGGUUUUAGUGAGAUAAUGGCAACCCUGUCGAAAAUUGGGUUCUUUGAUGCUGCAAAUCAUCCACUGCUGCAAGAUACUAAUCGUCCAACAUAUAAGGGUUUCCUUGAUGAACUACUUAAUAAUAUCUCCACAACUAACACAGACUUAGAUAUUGAAGCCUCUGGUGGAUAUGAUGAUGAGAUGAUUGCCAGACUAUCGAAGCUCGUGUGUUGCAGAGAUAAGGAAAUAGCUGCUAAGACAGUCAAAACCAUCAAGUUCUUGGGACUACAUGAGGAGACUCAAAUUCCUAAGGGUUGUUCAAGUGCAUUUGAUGUGAUCUGCCAACGAAUGGAACAGAGGAUGGCCUAUGGCCACAAUGAGCAAGACAUGGUACUGCUCCACCACGAAGUCGAGGUGGAAUACCCAGACGGGCAACCCACCGAAAAGCACCAAGCGACGCUACUGGAGUUCGGGAAGGUUGAAAAUGGCAGAUCCACCACUGCCAUGGCCCUGACCGUUGGUGUUCCAGCAGCAGUAGGGGCCCUGCUAUUGCUACAGAAUAAGGUCCAGACAAAAGGAGUGAUCAGGCCUCUGCAACCGGAGAUCUACAUUCCAGCAUUGGAGAUCUUGGAGUCGUCAGGCAUCAAGCUGAUUGAGAGAGUGGAGAUUUGA